AUGGCUGUGCAUUUGUCACUAUCAACGGUAAAGAGACAGCUUGACUCUGAUCCAUCAAGGAACACGUCAUGGAACUGUUGGAAGCAGAUUAAAUAUCCCUUUGCCAGGCAUCAGUCAGCAGAGUUUACUAUCAGCUAUGACAAUGAGAAGGAAAUUACACAAAAGUUAGAUCUCGUCACCAGUGAUAUGGCAGAUUACCAGCAGCCUCUCAUGAUUGGCACCGGGACAGUCACCAGGAAGGGCUCCACCUUCCGGCCCAUGGAUAGUGAUGCCGGGAGAACGCCGAGCACGGAUGUCGGCGGCCACUACGACUGCCCCCACCGCGCGGACCGUCACGAAUACGCGCUCCCCUUGACCCACGCAGAGCCCGAGUACGCCACGCCCAUCGUGGAGCGGCACCUGCUGCGCGCCCACUCGUUCUCGGCUGCUCAGAGCGGUCACCGAGCGGGGCCCGCACCCGCCCACAAACAUUCCCUGUCCUCCGGGGGCUUCUCCCCUGCCGCAGGGGCCCCCAGGGGGGACUAUCAGAUGCCACCAAGCCCCAAGCCUGCAGACAGAGACUAUGACAAGCCCAAGACCAGCAGCUUCUUGACUGCGGAGAGCGGAGACCCUGCCUCUCAGAAGGUUCAGAUGCGUCCUGGGAUGAAUGAUGGUUAUUCAGCCCCCAGAAACUGCUUCACACCGCUCAACCAGACGGCCAUGACUGCUCUUUUGUGAACACAAUGUGAAAGAAACCUGCUGUGGUGCUGAGCGUGCGGCUGUUACAAGUCACUGGAAGACCUAUGCGUGUGUAUGAUUUAAUAGGAUCCUAGAGACAACCUCUCAUACUGUUUACAAAACUGGGCAGUUGGUUUUGUUCUUACCCUUAGCUUGAGAGCCCAUUGGGUUCUAUUGGGCUAUAAAAAUGAAAAAAUUCAGAAGGCAUUUUCAUUUCUCUAACUGUGAUACUGAGCUGCUUUAGUAUAAAAUGUGCAAUCUGUACAGAGUCGUAUUUAACAAGCAUUAAAGUAACCUAAGUUGGCUUUGUCAGAUUGUAGUUCUGUACAGAGGUGAAGUGGAAAAUGAGACUGUUGCAUAAACAUACAGUAAUAUGUGGUCUUUUUUUUUUUUCAAUGUGGUUGAUACUGUGUGAGCAGCAGGUCUGUUUAAAACAACCUUUUAUUGUGGCUCAUUUCCUUUCCUUUGAUAACUAAAACUAAGCUUUUUUUUUAGCAUUCUUCUCCUGGAAGAAAUGAAAUUACUUGAA